AUGGAUGUGCGCGACAAGCUAACGUUGGCGCACCCGGCGACAACCUUGAGCACCCCGAGCAGCGUCAUCACGCCGAGUGCCUUACCAUUCCAGAAUUUCGUCACCGGACCCACCGUGUCUCCAUCCUCGCGGUUCGCAACCAGCUCAGUCAUGCAGGCCUCUGAAAACUCGACCCAGUUCGCUAAUGUCAUCGAUGAUACCAAGGACAAGGCUGCGCUCUCCUUCAUCCUAUCGUCAUCCGAUUCCGAAUCGGAUACUGAGGAAUCGAACACCAAGAUGCGUAGUUCUCUUAUUGGAGCCAACGUUACUAAGCGGAAGCGUAUCGUGGUGCCUUCAACUUCUGAUGCCGGGGCACCUGUCCGGAAGGGCAGCAAGUUCUGUACCGUUGAAGGGUGCACCAGUCGCGCCAAACACGCCAAGCGAUGCUGGAAACACGGCGGAUCUGUAAAGUGUAAGGUGCCUGAUUGUAUCAACCGCGCCAAGUCCAAGGGUGUCUGCUGGUCUCAUGGUGGCGGAACCGUCUGUUCGUUCGAAAACUGCGAUACCAUCGCCGUGUCGAAUGGAUUCUGCUGGGCCCAUGGAGGCGGCAAACGAUGUCAGGUUCCGAAUUGCUCCAAGCCAGCGUAUGAACGUACGCAGAACUAUUGUCAGACGCAUUACGAAGAGUUGGGCGUCGCUGGAACUAGCUAG